UCUCCUUUCUAUUUCUAUUGUAAUCAUGGAAAUAAUUGCAUAGAAAUAGAAAAAUAGAAAAUGGGGUUCAUAAGCAAGUUCGUAGCACCCCUUUGUAUGAUGGGAUUAACCCUAGCUUCCAUCUCUGUAGCCCAGAAUUGUCCCCAGGAAUAUGUAGCUGCACAUAACAUAUAUCGUUCAGAGGCAGGGGUUGGUCCACUCACCUGGAACAUCACAUUGGCAGACUGUGCUCAGAAUUAUGCUAACUCAAAAACUGAAGACUGUGAAUUAGUGCAUUCAAAUGGUCCCUACGGUGAGAAUUUAGCAGAAGGUUUCGGCGAAUUAACCGGUGAAGAUGCAGUGAAAUUGUGGGCAGAUGAGAAGCCUUACUAUGACUAUGCAUCCAAUACUUGUGUAGGUGAUCAGUGCUUACAUUACACUCAAGUUGUUUGGAGGAACACACAUCAGGUAGGAUGUGGUAGUGCUAAGUGCAAGAAUGGAUGGACAUUCAUCAGCUGCAACUAUUAUCCUCCUGGAAACUAUAUUGGUGAAAGGCCUUAUUGAAUUUUCUAUUGGGUUUUUGUAGAGUGGACCCUUUUAAAGAGCUUAAUUAGCUUUGUUUAUUAAUAUUUAGCAAUUUUAACAAAGCUAAUUAAGCUGCUUACAUAUAGCAUAUGAUAAUAUUUAUAUAUGCUUGUAAUUUGUUCAAGAGAUUUUCUCUUGGUGUGUGUUAAUGAAGCUACGAACUUGCAU